CCAAUGCGGGAGCUGUCUCUUUGAACCGAGGGACCAGACAAAACCAUACACCACCCCCCUCUCCAAAUAUUCUACCAUUCCUCCUCGCCAUUUUCCCCUUCAGUCAGUUUGGUCUUUCUCCCCGUGUCUGUCUGUCGACUCUCUGCAGUUCCUUACAGACAACCCUUGACGCGGACUGGUUCCACCAUACACCCCCCCAAUCCUCCACGUCAUCUCCGUUACCGCCAGCUUUCACGUCCAGCCGAGGCUCGCAAUGGCCAUGAACGUCCGGACGUCCACCCGCGCCUUUGGCGCCCUGCGGCAACGAGCGCCGGCUGCCCUUGUUCCCCAGACCCGCUGCUACUCGUCCGCCGAGCCCAGCCUCAAGGAGACGCUCAAGGAGGCGAUCCCCGCCAAGCGCGAGCUCUUCAAGAAGGUCAAGGCCCACGGCUCAAAGGUCAUUGGCGAGGUCAAGGUCGAGAACACCAUUGGCGGCAUGCGCGGCCUCAAGGCCAUGGUCUGGGAGGGCUCCGUCCUCGACGCCAACGAGGGCAUCCGCUUCCACGGCCGCACCAUCAAGGACUGCCAGAAGGAGCUCCCUAAGGGCAAGACCGGCACCGAGAUGCUCCCAGAGGCCAUGUUCUGGCUCCUCCUCACUGGCAAAGUCCCCUCCACAAACCAGGUCCGCCAGUUCUCCCGCGAGCUCGCCGAGCAGGCCCAGCUGCCCGAGUUUGUCAACAAGAUGCUCGACAACUUCCCCAAGGACCUCCACCCCAUGACCCAGUUCGCCAUGGCCGUCAGCGCCCUCAACUACACGUCCAAGUUUGCCAAGGCCUACGAGGCCGGCCUCAACAAGGCAGACUACUGGGAGCCCACCUUUGACGACUCCAUCUCCCUCCUCGCCAAGCUCCCAACCAUUGCCGCCAAGAUCUACCAGAACUCGUACAAGGGCGGCGGCGCCCUCCCCGCCGACGUCGACCUCGAGCAGGACUGGUCCUACAACUUUGCCGCCAUGCUCGGCAAGGCCGGCAAGGAGAACGAGAACUUCCAGGACCUGCUCCGCCUCUACCUCGCCCUACACGGCGACCACGAGGGCGGCAACGUCUCUGCCCACGCCACCCACCUGGUCGGCAGUGCUCUGAGCGACCCCUUCCUCAGCUACAGCGCCGGUCUGCAGGGUCUGGCCGGUCCUCUUCACGGACUCGCCGCCCAGGAAGUCCUCCGCUGGAUCCUGCAAAUGAAGGAUGCCAUCCCCGCCAACUACGGCGAGAAGGAAGUCCACGACUACCUCUGGUCGACGCUCAACUCGGGCCGCGUGGUACCGGGAUACGGCCACGCGGUCCUGCGCAAGCCCGACCCCCGCUUCGAGGCCCUGAUGGACUACGCCUCGGCCCGCCCGGAGAUCGCGCAGGACCCGGUCUUCCAGCUCGUCAAGCUGAACUCCGAGGUGGCGCCCGCGGUGCUCAAGAAGCACGGCAAGACCAAGAACCCGUACCCGAACGUCGACUCGAGCUCGGGCGUGCUCUUCCACCACUACGGCUUCCACGAGACGCUGUACUAUACCGCCACCUUUGGCGUCAGCAGGGGUCUCGGCCCGCUCGCCCAGCUCAUCUGGGACCGCGCCCUGGGGUUGCCCAUCGAGCGGCCAAAGUCCAUCAACCUCGAGGGUCUCCUCAAGCAGGCCGAGUCGUCGUAGAGCCAAUCGUCUGGUUCGUGUUUGUGUCGUUGUCGUGAAUCAGAGGAGCGGGGAAAGGGGUUGGGGGAGAGACAGAGAAGAAACAACAGGGCAGGCAGCCUGCAGGCUCAGUCAAGGCGAUAUGCGAGUGCCACAAAAGAAGGAAUUUUGCUUAUAUACCAUUGGUUAGACAGACGCAAUGCAUGGUCACGUCACUCUUAUAUAUGUGCAGAC